UUACAUUAGUUUUGUGACUUGAUUUGCACCUGCACAUGACCGAGGUCCCACAUGCUUCCCUCCCUCUGUCUGGUUAUUGAACUCUACAGUGAGAACAUGCCCUGGCAUGCAGGCAGGCUCUCCUGUUUCCUGAAUGAGCACGGCACGCAGCACUUAACUUCCCCUUGGCUUAGAAAGAAAAAGUUGUCUUAUUUUAAGAAACCUCAGUUUAUCGAUAGGUGCUUUGCAGUGGGUCAGCUUGGGGUUACUUGCUGGGAAAUCUUUGGCACUGAGCUCCAAGAUGGGAGCGACCUGCAUGCAGCGACUGGAUAAGUGACCACUUCUCGGAGCCACCUCUGGAAUGCCGCAGAGGAGAAGAGACACUGACUCAUGGAUGUAGCCCUACCUUCAGCUCCUGAACGACAGGCUCUUGUAGCUGUUUAACUGGCACCAGGCUAACACCUUCGAGAAAGGAAAGAUGCAGAAAGAAGAGAGAUCGCUUUCUUUUCAAGAUCAGUAGCGUGUGUGAUGACCAUUUUAUAAUAUCCUAAAGAAUAAGGAUUACCUUUCUGUGGGAUUAUUUAUGGGAAGUGAUGACCGGGAAGGCUUGAGGGUCCAGUCUCUUUUUGGUAGCAUGGGCAUAUCUACAGCCCCUGUGCAGGAACUAGGUCCAGCAUAACCAACUGGGAGGACCUGGAUAGGGGAACGGCAGACUGGUUCGGGGUCAGUAAGGACAGCGAUGCCACUCAGAAAUGGCAGCGUAAGAGCCUGCGGCACUGCAGCCAGCGCUACGGGAAGCUGAAGCCGCAGGUGAUCCGGGAGAUGGACCUUCCCAGCCAGGACAACAUCUCACUGACCAGUACCGAGACCCCGCCCCCUCUCUACGUACCCACCUCCCAGCACGGCAUGCAGAAGAUUGUCGACCCCCUGGCGCGAGGGAGGGCCUUCCGCAUGGUUGAGGAGGUUGAUGGGUACAGCGUGCCUCACACCCCCAUCACCCCCGGCGCCACCUCCCUCUGCUCCUUCACCAGCUCCCGCUCCGGCUUCAACCGCAUCCCUCGCCGACGCAAACGAGAGUCUGUCGCCAGGAUGAGCUUCCGCGCUGCUGCCGCGCUCGUCAAGGGCCGGUCAUCCAAGGAGAGCACUCUGCGACGGGCACAGCGUCGCAGCUUUACCCCCGCCAGCUUCCUGGAGGAGGACACCGUGGACUUCCCCGACGAGCUCGACACUUCCUUCUUUGCUCGGGAUGGCGUGUUGCAUGAGGAGAUGUCCACUUACCCUGACGAAGUGUUCGAGUCACCCUCCGAGGCGGCCAUCAAAGAGGCAGAGGCAAGCAAGGCCCUGGAUGAGACGGACCUCACCGGAAGUGCCUUGGACAAGAACGAACUUGAAAAGAGCCACCUCAUGCUGCCGCUGGAGCGGGGCUGGCGCAAGGGGAAGGAGGGCCCGCUGGUGCAGCCGAAGGUCCGGUUACGACAGGAGGUGGUGAGUGUGAGCGGGCAGAGGCGGGGCCAGAGGAUCUCCGUGCCCGUCAAGAAGCUCUUUGCCAAAGAGAAAAGGCCGUACGGGCUGGGCAUAGUGGGCAAGCUGACCAACCGCACGUACCGCAAGCGCAUCGACAGCUAUGUCAAGAGACAGAUAGAGGACAUGGAUGACCACAGACCGUUUUUCACAUACUGGAUAACUUUCGUCCACUUGCUAAUCACAAUCCUGGCAGUGUCUAUCUAUGGAUUUGUACCUGCGGGAUUUUCACAGAACGAGAAAGUAGAUUCUGUUUUAAGGAAUAAAGGUGUUUAUGAAAAUGUUAAAUAUGUAUAUCAGGAAAACUUCUGGAUUGGACCAAGUUCGGAGGCGCUCAUCCACCUGGGUGCAAAGUUCUCCCCCUGCAUGCGGCAGGACCAGCAGGUGCACCGGCUCAUCCAAAAGAAGAGAGAGAAGGAGAAGCACUCUGCCUGCUGUGUGCGGAACGACCGCUCUGGCUGUGUACAGACCUCUGAGGAGGAGUGCUCAUCCACACUGGCUGUGUGGGUGAAAUGGCCCCAGCACUCCAGCUCCCCAAUGCAGGCUAAUAAAAGCACAAGACAUUUUGGGUCUGUCUGUCACCAGGAUCCCAGGUUUUGCGAGGAACCUGCCUCUGUGUCUCCUCACGAAUGGCCCGAUGACAUCACUAAAUGGCCUAUCUGCACUAAACAAAGUGACGUGAAGCAGACCAACCUCCCCCACUUGGACUGUGUCUUAACAGGCAGACCGUGCUGCAUCGGAACCAAAGGAAGGUGUGAAAUCACAUCCAGAGAGUAUUGUGAUUUUAUGAAUGGGCAUUUUCAUGAUACUGCCACCCUGUGCUCACAGGUACACUGUAUGGAUGACGUGUGUGGAUUACUUCCCUUUUUAAACCCAGAUGUUCCUGAUCAGUUUUACAGGCUGUGGUUGUCUCUUUUCCUCCAUGCUGGGAUCCUGCACUGCCUGGUGUCGGUGUGUUUCCAGAUGACCAUCCUGCGGGACCUGGAGAAGCUGGCGGGCUGGCUGCGAAUCUCCAUCAUCUACAUCCUGAGUGGGAUCACCGGGAACCUUGCCAGCGCCAUCUUCUUGCCCUACAGAGCCGAGGUGGGUCCGGCAGGGUCGCAGUUUGGCAUCCUGGCCUGCCUCUUCGUGGAGCUGUUCCAGAGCUGGCAGAUCCUGGCACGGCCGUGGCGGGCCUUCUUCAAGCUGGUGGGCGUUGUGCUGUUCCUCUUCGCUUUCGGGAUGCUGCCCUGGAUCGACAACUUCGCCCACAUCUCGGGCUUCAUCUCGGGCUUCUUCCUGUCCUUCUCCUUCCUGCCCUACAUCAGCUUCGGCCGCCUUGACAUGUACCGCAAGCGCUGCCAGAUCAUCGUCUUCCUGCUGGUGUUCCUGGGGCUCUUUGCCGGCCUCGUUGUGCUCUUCUACGUCUACCCAAUCACGUGCGAGUGGUGCGAGUACCUCACCUGCAUCCCCUUCACGGACAAGUUCUGCGAGAAAUACGACCUCAACGCACACCUCCAUUGAGCACCUCGCUAUCCUGGACAAAACCAAUGUACUUUUGAUCUGUUUAAAAAAAAUGUCCCCACAUACUGAAGCCAAAAUCCUAAUUAGGGGCCUCCCAGACAGGAAAUGAGGUCACUUAUCAUCUCUUUUUCUACCUUCCAUGAACAAGAAGUAAUGUCAUUUGUGUACAACACCUUCCUUCUCAACAGAUCUUCAGAACACAUGGAUUUUCUUUCUUAUUUGUAUUCAGAAUCCUCUCUACACAUAACUAAAUGCAUUUCCACCUGUUCUUUUUAAAGCACUUGACAGACCAGGAUUGGCCUUUUUCCUGACAUCAUAGAGACUUGGACUCUUACCAGGAAAGAAAUACCAAACAACCCUUUGGUGCCUUUUUGAUAGCUAUUGUACCAACUACUGCCAUGUUUUUAUUACACUAGAUUGAGCACUAAAAUGUUAAUCAUCAUUGAUUACUACUACGAAGAGGAGAUGAAAGAAUAGGUAGUGUUUUAGCUACCACUUACCUGUACUUGAGAAUACAGUGAAAGAAAUGUGAA